AAGAAUGAGAGCCAGGGAGGGCCAUCCAGGAGCUCACAGUGCAGUGAAGUGCCUGACAAAGUUGUCCCACACUUGCUGGGAAGAGCUGUGUUGAGUAAUGCUUUAGUCCUCACUAGUUGUUCAACUGUCAUCACUUUCCUGUGCUAACAAGUUCAGCGAUGGGAUUGUCACUCCCCCUGGGACAUCCAAUUCAUGUGUAAUUCCUGCUCUGACAGCUGUUCAAGUAACCAAACAAGAACUCAUCUGACACUUCCUUCCUUCUCUUGUCGGACACUCUGCGGUGAUUGCUUCAGCGUUUUCACAGACGUGUCUCGCUCCCCCAUGCCACCCUGGACCACCGGGCUUGUCCACAGUUCCUCCACAUUCCAUCUUCCUCUUUGAGCCUGACAUGGAUGAAGCAGAUGCCUGUCAGGAUGACAAAGGGUUUUUUCCCCAUCCUGCUCCUGAUCCCUAGAGGUGAUUCUUCCCAUGAUGCGGGAACCCUGCAGUGAACGCCAUGCCCAUCACACAAGAGAAUGCAGCACUGCACCUCCCCCUCCUCUACCGGUGGCUGCAGAACAACCCGAGGGAGGACGGGGAAGGACCAGAGCAAAGACUGUGCCAGUCUGCCAUUCAGAAGCUCAGAGAAUACAUCCAGCUCAACUUUGCUAUGGACGAGAGCACCGUCUCGCCCAAGCAGAAUCCCCUAGACAUGGAAAUCAGUACCGUUUACCUCACCAAGGAGGUGGGAGACACCGAGACUGUCGGUUUAAGUUUUGGGAACAUCCCCGUCUUUGGAGACUAUGGUGAAAAGCGGAGGGGAGGCAAGAAGAGAAAAAUUAACAAGGGCCCUGUGCUGGAUGUUGGUUGCAUCUGGGUAACUGAGCUGAAGAAGAACAGCCCGGCAGGAAAAUGUGGGAAGGUGAGGCUCCGAGAUGAGAUUCUUUCUCUGAACGGCCAACUGAUGGUUGGAGUGGAUGUCGGCGGAGCGAGCUAUCUGGCGGAUCAGUGCUGGAAUGGCGGCUUCAUCUACCUGAUCAUGUUGCGCCGCAUUAAACGCAAAGCUCCUCUUCCUCCUUCCAAUGGCAACAACAGCAACAGCUGUGACCCCAGAGCAGCCCCUACCUCAGAACCAGCCCAACGAGUAGUGCAGAAUGGGAAAAGAACUAGAAAGUUUGGGGUCAUUUCUAGAGUGGCAGCUGGAAAAGAGGGCCAAGAAAGCCACGGGAAACGAGACCAGGACCUGGAAAACGGUCAUUACACCAUGCUCCUGGAGGUGGACGGUUCAAACCCAGAGACGUUGGGAGUGGCAGGAAGAACGGAGGACCACCUUCGGAAUCCAGAUGCUCGUCUUUUCCCUGGACGCUUCAGGUCUAGCCUGUUUGAAGCGGGGCAGGCGGACUUUAACCCAAGUGACCAGCCAACUCAGCGAGAAGGCUGCCGAAUUUGGAAGAUGCACAUGGUGAAAGGGUCCGACGGGCUGGGCAUCCAGAUUACCGGAGGCCGAGGAUCAAAACGCUCACCUCACGGCAUCAUUGUUGCUCAUGUGGAGGAAGGAGGAGCUGCACACAGGGAUGGCCGGCUGACCGCAGGAGAUGAGCUGCUGAUGAUCAAUGGCCAGUCGUUGGUCGGGCUUUCCCAUCAGGAAGCUGUGGCUAUUCUUCGCUCUGCAGCUGGACUGGUGCAGCUGGUGGUUGCCAGCAGGGAAAGCUCUGAAACAGACUUCCUCAAGUAUCCAUCCACAAGUUUGCCAGAUCUACUUAGUACUUGUCCAGUCCAGGGAGCAUCUUCUUAUACCGAUAAUAAGGAGAAUGAAGAGCCGGAUGGUGAUGAUGUUAAGGGAGAAAGUCCAUCUCAAACCAAGGGAGCUAUGACCGAGUCAGAGAAGCCCCAAGAUCACGGUGACUGCCCCGAAGGAUCCAAGGAGAACUGCCGAAGCCCUACUCUGGGAAACAGCAUGAUGAAGUUCCGAAGUCGAUCCCAAGGAGGUGCACCCCGCCUAGAAUCUGUGGGAGAAGAUGAUGAGCUGAUGGUGGAGAUCGGUGACGCCAAUGUAGAGAUGAUAGAGAACCUUACAAGAGGCGGCCGAAAACAUUCUCUUCCACAGCAGCUUGACUCUGCUGGGAUGAGACAGGAAUACCACGCAGUGAAGAAGUCUACCCGCUCCUUAAGUACCGCUCAGGUAGAAUCUCCUUGGAGACUGGCCCAGCCAUCCAUUAUCUCCAACAUUGUGCUGAUGAAAGGACAAGGGAAGGGCCUUGGAUUCAGCAUCGUGGGAGGUCAAGAUUCAGCCCGAGGAAGAAUGGGGAUUUUUGUUAAGACUAUUUUCCCUACUGGAGCAGCUGCUGCUGAUGGAAGACUCAAAGAAGGGGAUGAAAUUUUAGAUGUCAAUGGAGAAUCUCUACAGGGGCUGACCCACCAGGAGGCCAUCCAAACCUUUAAGCAACUCAAGAAAGGAGUUAUAACCCUAACAGUACGCACACGGUUACGUAGCCCAAGCCUUACCCCAUGUCCAACGCCUACAUUACUGAGCCGAUCCAGCUCUCCGAACUCCAUUGCUAGUGGGGGAGCUCCUUUACCUGGCAACGAUGAAGGGGAUUCCUCCUCUCUGGGUCGCAAGGGUCCGGGACCCAAGGACAGAAUCAUCAUGGAAGUCACUCUCCACAAAGAACCAGGGGUCGGAUUAGGCAUUGGGGCCUGCUGCCUGACGCUGGAAAAUAGCUCUCCAGGUAUCUACAUUCACAGCCUCGCCCCAGGAUCAGUGGCUAAGAUGGACAGUAGAUUAAGCCGGGGUGACCAAAUCUUGGAAGCAGAUUCUGUUAGUCUCCGCCAUGCUGCUUUAAGUGAAGCCUAUGCCAUUCUGAGUGAGUGUGGCCCAGGACCCGUUAGCCUCAUCAUCAGUCGCCACCCCAACCCAAAGGUUUCGGAGCAGGAGAUGGAUGAAGUAAUAGCUCGCACUACUCAUCGAGAAAACAAAGAGGCCAAUCCGUCCCAAAUUUUAGGAAUCUCUCUAAAAAGUCCAUCACUUUCAAUUAAGGCAAGACAAGGAGAAGGUGCCACCCCCCUCAGCUGGACCAUGAAACGUUUCCUGGAGCCAUCAAGUCGGGGAUCCCUCAGUUCAGAAUCAGAACUGUCCCAAUAUUUCGCCCAAGACGUCCCAGGCCUCCUGUCAUAUUCUGACUGUCCUGUCAGAGGUGAGGAGCACCUACGUCAGAGAAGCGCAAGCAUCCCCUUGGAUGACAGCAGCAGCCUUCCUCCCCGAAAUCCAGCUUCCAGAGAAACAGGCAAAAUUCGAGCCAACAGCCUCAUUUCUCCAAGCAGCAAGAGAGUGCUGGGACCAUUCAGCAAGCAUAUGGAGUCUACUCAGCAAACCAGCCUCCCGGGCAGCCCCCAGUCUGCCCGUGGCCCACUCCUGCGGCAGGGGAGAGUCGAUUGCUCCGAUGCUGAAUACGCCAGCGAUGAGGAAAGGUUCGUCAGAGAAGGGGAUUGUGUGCCUAUCCAGAGGGCCCUCAAAGACCCCAAUCAAACUCAGAUGGAGAAAGACACAGGAGUUGUCAUAGCUACCUCUUCUGUGGAGGCUGAUGAUGAGAGCCAAGAUGGUGAGCACUCCCAGAAUCCUGUGAGAAAAGCCAUGUCUACCCCAUGCUUUGGCAGCUCACUUGGGUCUGAGGAGAAGGCUCUUGAACAAACUGGAGACUCUACCCUGCCAGACAAACUCUCCGAUGCUCGGAGCACACCUGAGGACAGUCCCUGCAGCACGGGGAAGAAGGAGCAGCCUGUCCCUUCCCCAAAAUUGGAACACAAAGCCAUCACCAGGGUCAAGAGUCUGAUGAGUAUCGAGUGCCCUAGUGCCCCGAGGCUGAAGAAUGAGGAGCUGGUCUCCUGUCACAAGCCUGUGGCCAGGAUAACUCCGCAGAGCAAGAAACAUGACCCAGAAGAUGGUGCCAGGAUUAGCUGUGUGAACACAGUGAAGUUGAUUCGGGCUGAGGAUGAGUCAUUUGGUCUAGACUUGGAAAUCCGGGCUACUCCCUUAAAGGUGGUGAUAGCAGGUUUACGACCAGCCGGAGCUGCAGAAAGGGAAUCUAUGGCAAAGUUGACCAUUGGCGACAAGAUUGUCUCCAUCAACGGCAUACCAGUUGAUGGCAUGUCCUACCAGGAAGCCUGCCACUUGGUGAAGAACCAGCCAACAGCUUUAACACUAGAGGUGCAGCACCCAGUUUCUGCCUUUGACCACUCACAGAAACUUAUCACGGCCACAGGAAGCAGUGGGACAGCACAUACUGAUGUGAGCAGGACUCUGGCUGCUGAGAGGGAAGUCGACUGCUUAGAGAAAUUGGUAGAGCAAGCUUUGGAAAAGGGAAAUCGGGAUUCUGAAAUUGUAGGAAUUUUGCAAGAUGGUCCUGUUCUUCCAUCUAGCGGCAAAACCGAGGAAGUACAAGGAGGUAGCGACCCUGAAGUCAACCUUGUUAAAAACUUCCAGGAGACUCCACUGUCUGACAUCAACAAUUUCUUGGCUUCCUCCCAAGAGAGCGGAUUUCAGGCCCUCCAGGAGAGAGCAGGGGAUCUUAGUAGAGGGGCGAGUCUUCAGGGACAAACUGAGGGCCGCAGUUCCUGCCAUCUUGAGCCAAGCACAGUGAACCGUGAAUCUUCUGAAGCCACAGUGAGCUCCAUGGCUUCAGCUCCUCACUCUCAGUGGACCUGUAGGUUUUCAGUUCUGGAUUCCAUUCAUCCGGGCAAACACUUUACUGUGAACAAAAACUGUUUGAGCAACUAUUCUCGGAACUUUAGUAGCUUGCGGGAAGACGGUUUGCCCCCCAAAAGCCAGGUGCAAGCAGGCGGGACAGAUUCUAUGUAUGGGGCGGCAGAGGAUUCCCACUCUGACCCAGAGUCCUUAGCAGAAGCCCCACCUAGGACCAAUGGCAAUGGGGGAUGCAGGCUGCCUCUUCCACCUCUCCCUCCACCACAUCCUUCUCAGGAGACUAAUCUUGCCGAGUCAGACGAAGAACAGAUUGAAAUUUGCUGCAUGAAAAGUAAACCUGUGCACCUCCUGCAAGUGGAACAGCAGCAGCAAACCACGACUCCUGGGACUCAGCAUUUCCGGGCUCCCACUCAGCCUGCUGUACCUACUGUUGUACAGCCAGAAGGAAGAACCGUGAGCAGCUCGAAGCAAGUGUCAGGUGAGGAGCCUCUAUCUGCACCAGAAAGGCCCCGCAGUUUACUCCCAAACUCUUAUCAGCGGAUAAAUUCAGAAAGUUCAUUCACUUUAACCUCUCCUCAGCUGUCUCCCCUGAUCUCUCUCUUGGAUAUAGGUUCUCGGGAAAGCUUAGUCUAUUUGGACUUAAACACUCUUCAAGCUGCAGAUGAGCCAGGGUUAGUAAACUCUGUGGAGUCCUGUAAGCCUUACAGAGUUGGUGAGCCUGUGCUCAAACCCCAGAUCUCUAUGGGCACCACUGAAAUGGUUAAUGGUUUGGAACAAAACCUGCCAAACUCUGAAACCCAGUGUGAAAAGCAAGAGAAAGUUGGCAUGGUUGGCAGUACUAAACUUGGUCCAGCCUCCCCCAGACAGGGAUUACCUCAGAAGGAAGAACCCAUUCUGGCCAGUUUGUAUAUCUCUGAGGGUCAGGAUGGGGAGGGUUUGGUCCCGAGACCUGGAAGCAGCCCCAGGAGCCCCCUUCCGAUCAGAUUUAAAGAUCCGAGUAAAACCAACAACCUUCCUCAUUUGCAAAGCAGGAAUAUCAAGGGGCAGCCGGCCUCCACCAGGAAUUCUGGACCCAAAGUUCAGACGUCCAGCUCAGGUCCCUCCAAGGGGAGCACCGACCUGAAACUGAAUCAUGAAAUGAAGACGCCUUCCCCAAGGAGUUUUAUGGAAACACUUUUAUAUAGCAAUCAGAAAUCAAAAACUGGGCCGAAGCUCAAGGGCCUCAGCAUCAAAAGUAAAAACAAGGCAGGUGUGGAGAGCCCCAGUGCUACGAAAGCAGGUGGAUUGGAGCAGAGGAAACCCUUAGUUUCACCCCAAGCGUCUCCCAAACCUAUUUCUAAGAAAGUUUCAGCUUCUCGCAAUGUAGCCACAAGUGUGGAAUCUGACAAAAGUGUUACAGUGGCCCCUAAGUCACCUGGGAGUGGGCACGAGGGAAAAUCAAACUCUGCCAGUCUCCCCCAGCCUGGAUUAGGGAGCGGCACUCCAGAGGCAGGGAAGCAAACUGAAAAUAAACUCCUUGGGCGAAAUGAAUUUGGCAAGUCUAGAGAAACAACUCCAUAUCGCUACGGAUUUGACAAUCAGAAAGAAGCGAUGGCAGGUUGGGCUCAAGCCAGUGCGCUUAAUGAAAGAGGAGGCAAGGAAACGUUUGGUGACCCCACUGGAAGAUUGAACCAUGUUAAAAUAAUUGCCCUCUCAUCUGAAAGAGCACCUCAUGUUGAUGGUGCAAGACAACCCGCUGAAAGCAACCGUGGAAAAGUGCCCGCAGCCCCCAAGAAUACCCGAGGAGAACGUGAAAUGAACUUGGGUCCUCAUAAAGUAGACUUAUCCCCAAACAGCCCCCCCUCACUGGCUUCUGCUGUUCAGGAGGAAGCCCAGGAAGGACCAGAAAUUCAGCGCACUUUCAUUGAAGUGAGACUCUCUUCCACUGCCCCCUCCUCCUCUUCUUUCUCCCCCACACAUUCUUUGCAGCCUCACCCCACAGAGAAAGCAGAUGACCCCCAGAGAAAGGCGAGGCAAGUGUGGGACCCCAAAGUGAACCUCCAGAGGGUCAUUCAAGUGGAUAGCCCUUUGAAUAACCCCCAGUACUACUCACCAAGGCCAGUGACCCGGACCUACUCCAUGCCAGCCCAACUCUCAAGUCAUUUUGGCGGGGAGGGUAACGUGGUCUCGGCCGCAGGACGCCCUGCCCGGGACAGCCAGAGUGCUGUGGCAGCAGAGGUGUACCUCCGGAGCUGCCCGUCUGAGACAAGAGCAUCUAAAGGGGGUCAGUUUGGGCCGAUUAACGGGCAAGGUGGGAAACAGCUCUCCGAGUCUUCCAAGAGUGUUCCAAAUGCAAACCAAGGCAGUGCCCCUCUGGGCCAGGAAACGAGCCACGUGGCCCCAGAGAAGACCAAAACCUACCGAAGGCAUCAUUAUUACUAUGAACUGAACUGGCCCCACGAACCUACCUCAUCUUUCUCUGUCAAGCAGAGAAUCAAAUCUUUUGAAAACCUAGCCAGUUUUGACCGGCCUGUGGUGAAGCCGAUUGACUUCCCAUCUGCCGCCAUUAGCUCCAAGCCUCCGAUUGGGAGGCGAUCAUCUGGCAGCGUGUCGGCGGGAACCGGUACGGGCCUGGGGGAUGUGGGGCGGUCUUUGCGCCGGAGCCUGAGUUCAUGUAGCGAUAAUCCAAAUGAUGUUGCCUUACCGACCCCACAGCUAAAUAAAUCACCGUCCAGUUCCACCUUGGCCCCCUCCCCACAGGAGCCAGUGGGGAGCAUUCGAGAGAGCACUGGCUUCAAUCAAAAAAAGCUACUAAGUCCUCUGGGAAAUUCAGCAGUAAUGCCUGCAUCCCAAAUCAGGAGGAACAGGGUGUCCUCAAGCCAAAUUAGACCUUCUCCCUUAUCCCGUUCCAAGCUGAGGGAACUGAGAGCCCUCAGCAUGCCAGACCUAGACAAACUGUGUGAUGAGGACUUUGCUCUGGAGCCCAAGACCACUCAUUUCAAAACCCAGCUGGAAAUUACUCCCAGGAAAUCUCUCGGCCUUCCCACCGAAAGCCUUUCGAGCCUGCAUGAAUCCACGGCCCUUUCUCAUCUGGCAAAAGGGGACAAGCCGUGGUCGAGAGGAGGCAGUGGUUCUGGGACCCCUGGUUCAGCCUCGGAUGAGGAACUGGCCACCCAGGAUCGUUUGCCUGAGGGAAAACAUCCUGGAAAAAGUUGGUCCAUCAGUUUGGAUCAACUUUUAGUAUCAACCAUGGAGCAACAAAAAUUGCAGGCAGUUUUGUCACUGAUUGGGUCAAAAUCAGAUAUCCUGACCCUUCUUCAGGAAGCUGAAGCACAAACAGAGAAUAAAGAAGAUGUUUGCUUUAUAAUCUUGAAAAAGGAAGAAGGUGCAGGUCUGGGAUUCAGUGUGGCCGGUGGGAUAGAUCUGGAACAGAAAUCAGUUAUUGUCCACAGGGUGUUCCCUCAAGGAGUUGCUUCUUAUGAAGGAACCAUCCAUCGGGGCGAUCUCAUUCUGUCCAUCAAUGGCACCUCCUUGGCUGGUUCAGUACACGGAAACGUCCUGAAUGCCCUCCACCAGGCCAAGCUCCACAGAGAUGCCAUCAUUGUCAUCAAGAAAGGGCAAAGUGGUAGUAAGGUGUCUUCCAGGCAGAACUCAGACCCUGCAGGUGGAAGGAGCCCUGUGCCCAGAAAGCUGGUUACCCUGGAGCUGGGCACAGGUAAGACACUGACCCAGGAACUGGAGAAUUCAUGGGCAAGAGGUAUAAGAUGCAGAAAGAUUGAGCUGAAUGACGCCAUGUGUGUUGAGUUGCUGAAAACCUCAGCUGGUUUGGGGUUCAGCCUUGAUGGAGGAAAAGCCUCAGUGUCUGGAGAUAGACCUCUGUUUAUAAAGCGAGUAUUUAAAGGUAGUGCUGCCGAGCAAGCUGGAACAAUAGAAGCUGGAGAUGAAAUUCUUGCCAUCAGUGGGAAGCCUUUGGUUGGCCUCAUGCACUAUGAUGCCUGGAAUAUCAUUAAAUCUAUCCCAGAAGGACCCGUGCAGUUAUUAAUCAGAAAGCAUAGGACUUCAGUAUGAAAUGAACAUAAUCGUUUUUUAUGGGGGGUUUUUUGUUUUUAUUGCGGCACACUCCUUCAAACCCACUGCUGUUUACACUUCCUUCCAUUUGACACUGAACCUUAAAGUGAAAUACUGAAGCAGCAAAGAAAUAUUGGAGGAGUAAGAAAAAUUCACACCCAUUCUCUUGCAGAUACUGUAGAUUUUUGUUCACUUUUCAGCACAUACAAACCCCCCAAUUUGGGGGAGUUCAACGACAAGAUCAUGACAAUCUGGAAGCUGUCCCUUUGGAGUGACUUGGCUGAAAAGAUUAAGUGUAUGCAUGCCUGCCUGCCUGCCUGUGGGGUGUUUUGUUUUGACAUACUGGGAAUGAAAAAUGCUUGUUCCUGGUCUUCUGAAAAGGUGAGACUGUAAUUCACGUUCCAACAUUGAUCUUCUAAGGUAGGAGAAAGAUUAAAAAAAGAAUAUCUCACAUUAUUCACCUUAGAGCACUCUAAAUUUACCCCCAGCAUCCUGAUUGUGUAGCGACAGUAACAUGCUUUUGUGACUGGGAAUGGUAAUUUACUCUGAAAGAAAUUGAGCUGAUAGCCCCUCCCAAGGGAGGUUACUGUCAGAAAGGGGUGGCAAGAAAGGAGCAAAAGAAAAAGCAACAGUCCAGUACUGGGCAUUGUGUGUAUGCAGAGAGUAGUACAGUGAAGUAUACAUUCACUAUGGACAACUACCACUUCAGUAUUUUUUAAAUAGCAUACCAUUAUUCGGUUUGGGAAAUAGCAUUUUUCCAAUCCAGCAUUGAGCUUUGAUUCACUCUAUCUUGAGCAGCCUGUAAAUCUCCCUCUGUUGACUCCAUGUGAACUAAGAAGGGAGACAGACUUCCAUUUGUAUUUAAAUGAAUGAAUUUGAAAUCCACCAGUAAAACAACAAUAGCCAGUAAGUCAAGUAAUGACCCUGAUUUUUAGGUACUCUUCAAACAAUAUAGGCAGUUUUAAGUUUUAGUAAUCAAAUAUCUUAUUUUCCGUAGACAUGUAAAUAGAAGUAUUGGGGGGCCAGAUGGAGGUACUUUAAAUCAUGUUUUCCUGAGUUUUGGGGCGAUUUUUUUUCUGGUUGAAUUUAAGGAAAUCUAUAUUCCAAAAUACCUGAUCUCCUUUCAGGCUUGGGGUAAAUUGCCUCAGUUCUACACUGCGUAGUGUUCAGAUAUAGUCCAUCAUGUCAUAGUACUUUCUCAGGAGCUCAUCAUUUUGCCAAAGUUAGUUUCCUUGCCAAAAAUCUGUCAUGAUCCCAGAGGGCUUAUAUAUUUGAAGUAUGAGUUUAUGCAGGCACUCUCUCCCUUUUUCUGUCCUCCUUGGUUGUUUCAAAAUUGAAAGAAGGAAAAGAUAACAAUCAUGUCUACAAUAACUUCUAAAUUUUUAUCUGUUCAGUUAGAAAACAAUAAUAAUUAUGGUAUUUUUAAGCACUUACUAUGUGUCAAAUACUAUUUUAAGGGCUGAGGUAGAUAAAAGUUAAUCAGGUUGGAC